AUGUCCACGGUGAGCUACAGCCACUUGCCAGGUGUAAGGAGAAUACUCUCAGACACCUCAGUCUUUGCUAAUGUUUCUGUCCUGAUCUAUGACCAGACGGAUACUGAAGGCAAGUACAUUAGCGACUUCACCAGAUCCAUAUUUAUCUUUGUCAACCAUGUUAUUGUUGAUAUGAGUAUAUGUGUCUUUGGAAUAGUCGGCAAUUGUCUAAGUAUUACAGUAUUCUUAAAGCAGGGACUGCGCAAGUCUGUGAACUUGAGUCUGUUCGCCAUAACCGUCUCUGACCUCAUUGGUCUAACUUUUCAAGUAUGGCACAAUUUUUGUUUGAAUCCUUUCCUGGAACUGGCAGACUUACCUGUUAAUUUCUUCGAUAUCCAAAUCUUAACCGCUGGAACGCCAAACGUUGCCAUGACACGCAUCACAUGUUGGCUAACUAUGUACAUCACAGCUGAGAGAUGUGUUUCAGUGCUGUUUCCAUUGAAAGUAGGUAGCAUCGUCACAUUUCCAAGACGUGUUGUGAUUAUUGUCUUUUGUUUUAGCGUUAAUUUAGCAUUCUUUCUGCCUCUAUACGCCUCUUACUAUUUAACUUUCAAGUUUUACCCAGAGUUUAAUAAAACCAAACUUGGAAUAUCUGUCAAAGAAAACCACGACAUGAUUCUCAACACUUCUCACGCCUUACUGUCAAUAAUUUCAUUUGUUGGAGUUAUAAUUAACACAACUAUUCUUGUGGUCACUUUGAAAAGAAAGGCCAAGUGGAGAAAGAGUGCUACCUUAGGCCAGAACAAAAUCGAGACACUGGCCAUCAGGGAUAAGAAAACUGUACUGCUUGUGGUAACAGUGGCUACAGUCCUUGUCGUCUGCUACGCUCCAGGGGUCACGUGCGCCUUGAUUGAAAUUGUGUUACCUGAGUUUAACUUUGAAAAGAAAUUAGAAAACUUGUACCACGUGAUGUGGUCCUUCUGUUUCCUGUUAAACUCCAUCAACGCCAGUAUCAAUGUCAUAGUCUUUUACAACAUGAGUUCUAAAUAUAGAAAUACACUUCAAGACAUUUUCUCAAGCUUAAAUUCUAAAAAUAAAAGCAAAGUGAAAUGCACCAUUUUAACAAGAAUGUUUUAA